CAUAGGCUUUUAUUUCUCAAAAGAAUUGUGUGUGUGUGUGUGUGUGUGUGUGUGUGUGUCCGGGAACAGCGUGUGAAGUUAUGUGAUCACAAAACAAAAGAAGAAAGAAGGAAAGAACAAUCCGAUGCUGGGAAGGAACUGGACUCAAUCAAUGGGUGUCAGCCCCCCUUGAAGCUGACAUCUGUAUCCAAUUAAUCAACUAAAAAUUUCCUUUCUUUUCUAUUAACCGUAGGCUUUUAUUUCUCAAAAGAGCUCAUAUUUUUCACUUGAUUUGAUGUUGGACAAACUCUUCUAAACACCUGGUAAGGACACACCGGAGUUGAGCAGCAGUCACUUUCGAAAAGACUGGUUUUAAUAGAGAGUCUUAGCGGCCGGAGUGCGGCAAGAUGCUGCGGUAUCUGCUCAAGACCCUGCUGCAGAUGAAUCUGUUCACCGACACCAUCCGAAACCCCAACAACGGCUCCGAUCAGUUCUUCAACACCUCCCUGCCAUCCUUCAACAGCUCUCUGCUUGACUGGGGAAAUUUCACCGGCUUCAAUGGAUCUCGACCCAGGGUAGAGGAUGCUGGUCCACGAAUUGUUGAACAUCCAUCUGAUUUGAUUGUGUCCAAGGGGGAGCCAGCUACACUCAACUGUAAAGCAGAGGGGCGGCCGACUCCCAUGGUGGAAUGGUACAAAGAUGGCGAGCGAGUCGAGACGGACCGCGAAGACCCUCGCUCUCACAGGAUGCUCUUACCCAGUGGUUCCCUCUUCUUCCUACGAAUUGUACAUGGUCGGCGGAGCAAACCCGAUGAAGGGGUCUAUGUGUGCGUGGCACGCAACUACCUGGGUGAGGCAGUCAGUCGUAAUGCGUCACUGGAAGUGGCAAUUCUAAGAGAUGACUUCCGUCAGACACCCAGUGAUGUAGUGGUGGCAGCAGGUGAACCAGCUGUCAUGGAGUGUAUUCCCCCGAGAGGACAUCCUGAGCCAACUAUCACGUGGAAGAGAAAUAAUGUUCAGGUCAAUGACAGAGAUGAGAGGAUCACAAUCCGAGGAGGCAAACUAAUGAUUUCCAAUACCAGAAAAAGUGAUGCUGGCAUGUACGUGUGUGUUGGCACCAAUAUGGUUGGAGAAAAAGACAGUGAUCCAGCUGAACUGGUUGUAUUUGAGAGGCCGGUGUUCACAAAGCAGCCGGUGAGCCAAGUGGUAUUGGCUGACGAUACAGUGGACUUCUUUUGCGAGGUGCAUGGGGAUCCAACGCCGACUGUUCGCUGGCGGAGAGAGGAGGGGGAGUUGCCUCGUGGCAGAUAUGAGCUCCGUAGUGACAGCAGUCUGCACCUGAAACAGGUGCGAGCUGAAGACGAGGGCACUUACACGUGUGUGUCAGAGAACAGUGUGGGCAAAGCAGAGGCAGCAGCUACCCUGCAAGUGCACGUGCCCCCUCAGAUUGUUGUGCGGCCACGAGACCAGAUCACAGCACCAGGCCGUACUGUAACCUUUCUCUGCGGCACUAAAGGAAACCCCCCACCGGCUGUCUUUUGGCAAAAAGAAGGAAGCCAGAUCUUGCUGUUCCCUAUUCAGGAACAGUCAAAACAAGGCCGUUUUUCUGUGUCGCUUAGCGGUGAGCUCACCAUCAUUGAUGUCCAUGUCGAGGACUCCGGCUACUACAUUUGCCAGGCCAUCAGUGUGGCGGGCAGCAUACUUACAAAAGCCCUGUUAGAGGUGGAAAGUGCGCCUUCAGAUCGUGUUCCCCCCAUCAUCCGGCAAGGACCAGCAAAUCAUACUCAUGUGCCAGGUUCAAAUGCACAGUUACACUGCCACAUCAUGGGGAACCCUAUUCCUAGUAUCCAAUGGGAGAAAGACGGUCAGAGGAUUCUAGUGAAUGAUGGUCGAAUCAGCCUGAUGGAAAAUGGCACCUUGCAAAUUGCCAAUCUUCAGGAAACCGACUCUGGCGUUUACACCUGCCUGGCUUCCAGCUCCAGCGGUGAGACCAGCUGGAGUGGAGUGCUCACUGUCAAAGAGAAUGCAGACCCGUCAGUCACUCAGACCACUGAGCCAUUCCAGUUGCCAGGUCCACCACACAAACCCAUUGUCACAGAUGUCUCCAAGAACAGUGUCUCUCUGACCUGGCAACCCAAUGCUCAUGAAGGAGGAGCUGCAGUUACCUCCUACAUCAUUGAGGCCUUCAGCCAGUCCGCCGGCAGCACUUGGCAAACUGUAGCUGACAUGGUGAAGAUGGAAACACACACAAUCACUGGCCUUCUCUCCAACACCAUCUACUUGUUUAUUGUACGAGCUGUCAAUGCCUAUGGCCUGAGUGACCCAAGCCCCAUCUCACAGCCUGUCAGAACACAAGACGUGAGUCCGACGGGUCAGGGACUGGACCACAGGCAGUUGCAGAGAGAGCUGGGGGAGGUGGCGGUCAAACUACAAGAGCCCAUCAGACCGACUACAUCCUCAGUCCGAGUCUCCUGGGCUGUUGAUCGUCAGUCACCGUAUGUGCAGGGAUACCGUCUCUUCUACCGCCCCAGUGGGGGAACAUGGCUCCUCCAAGACAUCAACUCCCCCUCCGAGCGCAGCACUGUACUUACUAGCCUACUCAAAGGAACUGAGUAUGAGAUAAAGAUCCGGCCUUAUUUUGACGAAUUUCAGGGGAAGGACAGCCGCACAAUACUGGUUCGAACCCCAGAAGAAGUGCCGAGUGCCCCUCCAAGAGCUGUUACAGUGGCAACAGUGAAGCAAAGCAACAUCUCCAGCAUCAUUGUCUCCUGGGAGCCUCCACCUAGUGACAUGCAGAACGGCAUCAUCCAAGAGUACAAGGUUUGGUGUGUGAGCAGUGGCAACAACAACCAGACACGCUACUACAUCAACAAGACAGUGGAAGGGAACACUUUGUCCACAGCGUUGAAAGGGCUAAUACCCGGUGUCCUUUACCAGGUCGAGGUGGCAGCCGUUACUGGUGCUGGUGUCGGCACCCGCAGUCAGCCUUUGCCAAUCCUCAUUAAGAUGGCAGCUGAACAGCCCUCUGUGCCAGGCGGCGUUGACACUGACGAUGACAGCAGGGAGAGCAACGUGAGUCUGGCUGAGCAGAUUACUGAUGUGGUCAAGCAGCCGGCGUUCAUCGCAGGCAUCGGCGGAGCCUGCUGGGUCAUCCUCAUGGGCUUCAGCGUCUGGAUUUAUUGCCGACGCAAAAAGAGAAAGGAGUUGAGCCACUACACUGCUUCCUUUGCUUACACGGCAGCAGUUGGAUUUCCUCAUGGAGAGGGAUCUGGACACAAUGGAAGGCCAGGCAUGCUGGGAGCCAACAUGGGCAACUACCCGUGGCUGGCAGACUCUUGGCCCACCACCAACCUGGUCCACAGUGGUAAAGAGGCUGUCAACUGCUGCACUACCAGUCAUGACACAGCUGAGCGAUAUUACAAUGAAGCUGGCAUCUCCAACUACCUGAACCAGACAGAGAAAUACAGCAUGAGCGGCUCGACUGAGGGGCCCAUUUACAGCACGAUUGAUGCCACCAGCGAGGACCUUCACAGCUUUACUUACGCCCAGCACACCUCAACUACUCCCUAUGCCUCCACCUCUAUCAUGCCCUUCGCAAACCAAAUGCAGAGCCCACCCCAUGGUGGAGAGCAACAGGAUGAUGGGCACUGGAUCACCCAGCCGGGACCAUCUGGAGCUCAGUACGCUCAACCCGACCGCUGCAAUGGUAAGUCAAAGCAGAAGGCCAUGGGUAAGGCUGUUAAGACACCAUCUCUAACAUGGAUGGAAACAUUGCCCCCACCUCCCUCAAUUGGAGAGCUGGAACAGUGUGAACAGGAUGAGGAGCCCCCAGAGAAUGAGGACAUGGACAUAGGCUCAGAUGAAGAGUGGUGUCCUCCCCUCCCAGAGAGGACGUACCUGAUGGAGGGCUGUGAAAACAGCCCCUCCCACAAGAACAAUGCCUCUUCUCCAGCCACUUCCUACAGUCACCAGUCCACCGCCACACUUACUCCAUCUCCCAAUGAGGAGAAGCAAGCAUCCCAUGACCUGCACCGCCAACAGGAGGGCAAUCAGAUGUUGCGCAGAAGGUUACCAUGUAGUCCAGUCCCAGUUCCCCAGGCACCACUCACCCAGUCCAGCGCCUAUAGCCAACAGCAUCUCGGCUCAUCAGAGGUUGGCCCACUGCAGUGCCACAGUCAGAUCCAGCGCUCUCUUCAUAACCAUGGGCACAAUGAAGGCAGGAUCAAUUCAGCUACACCCGUGCACAGCCGUCCAUCCCCAGCGGAUACAUGCUCUCCACCGAGCCAAAAAGUUUGCGUAAAAAAAAAGGCUUCCAAGAGUUCAGUAUACAGGAGAGAAAUACAAGGAGACCUGCCUCCACCUCCAGAACCACCCCCAGAGGAGGACAAGUUUCAGGGUUCCCAGAAGUGCAUGGAGGCCAGUAAAGUGGCUAAUGGCUCGCUAUCCUCCCUGGAGAGGAGCGAAUACAGCAGUGGCAGCCAUCAACGCAAAGGCUCAAGACAAAGACAAAUUGAAACUGCACAUGGCGAGGAGGUAAUGCUGUACGGUGGUAAAGCCGGCUACCUUUCCAGGAAUCAAAUGUCCAGUAACUGCUCGACCACAGGAAGCUCCUCAUCUCGGGCCUCAACGGACUCCCGGGGGAUCAAUGCGGCCAGGAAGGGCAGCGAGGAAACUAAAUAAGUCCAUCUGUGAAGAUACGUUAACCUAUGAUGCCUCCAUUGUUCACCAUCUUUCAAAUGUGGACACAAUGAUCUAAUGAGACUCAUCAUUGUUGUGAAAGAACAAAAACAGACUCUCCAUCGUUUUUUGUGUGUUUUGUUUCACUAUGAUUAUUUAUGACCUAUCCAGCUCACCCCAUGUCCCUUGAUUUGUAAAUACCUGUGUCUAUACCUGUUCUGUUGUUGGCUUUGGAUACAGGGAAAAAGACAUAUAUUGUAUUUAUGAGUACUGAAAAUAAAAAAAACAUGAUUUUAAAAAGGGUCCAUUACAAAAGAAAAAAAAAACAUCUCUGAAUGUGCCAACCUUUUUGGUCAAAAUGUACAGUAUACUUUUUGGGAAAAGCAUUAACUACUGUUGCACUCUUGUUGUGAUGGCCAAACAACAGAAAAUAUUAAGCACAAAGGAAAAGCCCAAAUGUGCAGGUUCCUUCUCCUGGACGAAUGCUCUGGUCUGAUUGGGAUACCUGCCCCCAUUCAGUCCAAUAGAAUGUCUACUUGUCUUGGUAUCCCUUGGUUUCUUUGCAGCAGAAUGGUCGAGUGUGUCAGCAGACAGGCAGACUGUUGAGUUUUGAUUGUAAGCCCACCUCUCCCUAGAUCCUCACCUUGUCUGAGUGACGCUAUGCUGCAGUUG